CUGGCUCUAGUUCAACUCGUUUAGUGAGCUCAAAACUAGCUAUGUAAUCACUUACAAAUUAUAUCUACUACGAAUAUAGCUAAGUAAAACUCAAUUCAAAUUUGACUUUUUUAUUGACGAGCUAGAGCUUGCGAGCCAUCUGAGUGUUCAACGAAUAUAGCUGCUACGUUUAGUUGUAGCCCUAGAUGAGAUUACUGAAUUGAUACACAAUGUUAUGGAUACACAUAACACAACAUAGCUGCUAUCAUUGGCUUAUCAGCAACAUUAAUGACUUCCAGAGCAGACUAAUUCUUUUCCAGCUGUGCCAACUGCCAACCUUGGAGCUUCAAAGUGGAAUAUGAGAGACCAUAGCAGCCUAGGCCACAGUUCGCUAAGUCCCCACCUGUGUUUCUGUGUUCUGGAUUACGAUUAUGGAUGUGGGAUUGCAGCCCUCUACUGAAUAAAAACCAUUGGCUAAAAGCUUGGAAACGUGGCAACUGUGAAUUGACAAAUCACAAACAUUCCCUCUACCUAAGCCCCAACCUGAUUGCACUAAUGAGUGAUCCCUAUCGAACCCUUUCACCUUCAAAUAAUUCUCCCUCUCUCUCUCUCUCUCUCUGCCCCUGCUACUGUGCAAGUACAGGGACAGGAAGAGUUGAAAAGAAGACUCAACGACUAACUUGGCCCAACUCUUCAAUUGCAGCCACUGGUUUGCAUUUCACAUUUAUGAGCGGGUCGAUCAUUCAUUCUUCUUUUCCCCACAGAUGUGAUUCAGGAAACGAAGGAUCAGCCAUCCUUCAUCCAUCCACCUGCAUUAUAUAAAUACAACAUUGUUAUAGUAUGGAUGAUUACACUGCUGCUAGAGGAGGGUGGUGGGUUCAGCAGCUAUACCCUCAUCAACAAGCCUUCUUCACCAUCACAACGAUGAACAGCGCCAAACUCAACUCCCUGCCACUCGUUCGAAGCCAAAGCUCCUCUUCCUCCUCGGCCUCAGGCAGCAAUUCCGACGAUGAUGGUCCUCAGCAGCAGCAGCGACAGCAGAGCAUAGUGGUUCCGUCCAAUGGCAUCGCUGCUGCGCUAACUGAAGCUAUGGAUAACAAAGAUCAGACAUGGUCAAUCACUCCUCAAAUCCCAGCAGAUUUAUCAGUUCAAGUGCAAGAGGCUACAUUCACUGUUCACAAGUACCCCUUGGUAUCAAAAUGCGGCUACAUAGGGCGGCUCGAACUUCAGCCUUCAAUUUCAAACUUUCCCUAUGAAGUCAAGCUCGAAAACUUCCCAGGAGGACCAGAAGCAUUCGACGCCGUUCUAAAAUUCUGUUAUGGCCUUCCCCUAGAUUUGAACCCUCAGAAUAUAGCUCAACUUAGGUGUGCAUCAGAGUUCCUAGAAAUGAGUGAAGAGCUUGAAGAUGGGAAUCUAGUCACAAAGACAGAAGCUUUCCUCACAUUCGUCAUUCUCUCUUCAUGGAGAGACACAAUCACCGUCCUCAAAUCCUGUGAAGCCCUAUCUCCAUGGGUAGAAAAUCUGCAAAUUGUUAGGAGAUGCUGCGACUCGAUUGCAUGGAAGGCUUCAAGAGACAAUUUGACAACUACUGGGGAACCAGCAACAGCUAGUGACGAUGCAUGGUGGCUGGAUGAUGUGGCUACCCUCCGCAUCGAUCAUUUCACGAGGGUCAUAACAGCAAUUAGGGCAAAGGGAGCAAACCCAGAGGUAAUUGGCAAGUGUAUAAUGCGCUAUGCAUCAAGAUGGUUAUCGGGAAUGGAUGAUGAAUUAGAAGAUGUAAGAGGCUACGCAAACCAGGGGAAGAAUGGGUUGCAGUUCAGUGUACUAAGUGGGAGGAGAAAGGAAGAUCAGAGUGCUGGAAGCAACAAGGAGAAGAAGGCUAUCAUUGAGAACCUAAUAAGCAUCUUGCCUCCUAAAAAAGAAGCUGUACCAUGUAGAUUUUUAUUGGAGAUGUUGAAGAUGAGUAUUGUUUAUUCUGUAUCGCCAGCUUUGAUCUCACAGCUAGAGAAGAGAGUUGGGAUGACAUUAGAGACGGCCACUGUGAACGAUUUGCUGAUCCCUAAUUACAAAAAUGAAGAUCAAGGGAAGCUACUAAAAUCACCUGACCAACAACGCACAAUGCACAACCUAGAUGUGGUACAUAGAAUCAUAGAGUAUUUCUUGAUGCAUGAACAGGAUCAGCAGCAACUACAACCAACGCCAGGGAAAUCAAGUGUCAGUAAGCUUCUAGACAGCUAUCUAGCUGAAAUUGCCAAGGAUCCGAAUGUAUCUGUCAUCCAAUUUCAGGUCUUGGCUGAAGCACUGCCAGAAAAUGCUAGAGCAUGCCAUGAUGGCCUGUAUAGGGCCAUUGACACCUAUCUAAAGACUCAUCCUUCACUCUCAGAGCAUGAUCGUAAAAGGGUUUCCAAACUAAUGACUUGUGAGAAACUAUCCAUGGAUGCCUGCAUGCAUGCAGCACAAAAUGAAAGGUUGCCUCUAAGAACCGCAAUUCAGGUUCUGUUCUCUGAGCAGAUAAAAUUGAGGGCAGCAAUGCAAAGAAAAGAGUCAGCAGCAGAGAGUGGCAAUAUUUCAGAACAGGAGACACACCAAACAGAAACAAAAUCGGAGAUCAUGACACUUAAAGCAGAACUGGAGAAUGUUAAGACACGAAUGGCAGAGCUACAGAAGGACUACGUGGAACUGCAGCUCGACUAUGCUAGGUUAAACAACAACAAGCAGAAACAGACAGUAUCUUGGAACUUGGGUUGGAAGAGAAUAAGGACAUCCUCUCUGUUCCAGAGGAAAGCAGAUGGGGAAGAAAUAGAAGAAGGAAGGAAGAGAUCCAAUUCCACAAGCCGUAAACCCAGCUUGAGAAGAAGAAUGUCCGUUUCCUAGAAUUUGAAGCAACAUGCCAAACAUGCAGAAUGAAACAACAACCAGAGGCUCAAAAGUAAUUUACUGUCUAAUAUGAACUCAAUUCGACCCAUUUGGUUCUUCUGAAGGGAAAUGGUUAGAUAAAAGUAUCAAAUUGGGUCCUCAUUUGCAUGUAAUCAUUUGAGUCAUGCCAAAUAAUAUGGCCAAUGCUAUUGUUUCUCAUGUGCUAGAUUAAGCCAUAGAACCUGUAUACGUUUCGAGGUAUUAGCAAUUUCGCAGCUCAAAUUCAUUUUGAGAGAAUGAUAGUCAUUGCAGUUCACCACAUUUCCAUGGUGUCAAGCAUCAGUCAAACAGCAGGCUAUCAUAUGGCCAGAUAAUCGAGUGAAUUCAUAUCACGAUUCCAGUAAGAAAACAAAGAAAAGCCC